AUGGGGAUACACUGCCAAGGAGGACUCUGGUGCAAGAAGAGUGUGUUUCUUUCCUUCUCUUCCGCCUGGCUUCCCUCAUGUGCCGUUAAUUCCAGUCCCCGGUCCCGAGGAUGAGGAGGAUCUAUUUGUGAGGAAGACGCAGCAAAGGAGGAGAGAACAAGGAGCAACAGGGUGGUGAAUUUAUCCGAACAGGAGUGAGCGAGAAGAUCUUUUUUCUUUUUCUCCAGGCUCGAACAAGGAGUCCUGACUCCCAGAAACAGCAGCCAUGUGAGCGGAGCCGUCAGCGAGCAGAGGAUGCCCACAUCCAGCUAAAGCUGAGCAGCUCCCCCCUUCCCUCUUGCUCCUGCACCCUCCCUCCUUCCCACAUGAGGACAAGAAGAUGACUAUCACCAGCCGGCAGUCCUUCAAUGUCCUGACGGUCAUUUUCCUCCUGCUGUCCACUGCAGCUCUCUCAGCUCAUUACCGGGUGUGUGAACCCUACUCUGACCAAAAGGGGCGCUACCACUUUGGCUUUCACUGCCCGCGCCUGUCAGACAACAAGACCUACAUGUUCUGCUGCCACCACAACAACACGGCCUUCAAAUACUGCUGCAACGAGACGGAGUUCCAGAUGGUCAUGCAGAUCAACCUCACCACCACCUCAGAUGGAUACGCACACAAUAAUUAUACUGCCCUGGUCGGCGUGUGGAUUUAUGGCUUCUUCGUCAUGGUGCUGCUGGCACUGGACUUCCUCUACUACUCAGCCAUAAACUACGAGCUGUGCCGGGUCUACCUGGAGAAAUGGGGUCUUGGUGGCCGCUGGCUGAAGAAGGCCCGGAGUCAGUGGCACAGGUCCAUGCCGGAGGAAAGUGAAGCCCAGGCUCAAGCCCAGCCCAUGGUGCCCAGCCACUACCAGCCCCGACACAGCCUCAGAGAGGAGAGCCACAGCCCGACGCUCCUGCCCUACAACACAUCCACUGCAUGAGCGAUGCUGCGAGUGGAUGAGCUGAAGAGUAGCAACAUCUUGUUCCCUUAUGGCACAGAGGAGCUGCCCCCUCAGACGUCACUCUCUGGACCACAGACACAAAGACCACUCGUGGGCUAGCCAUACUGUAGUAGUUAGAAGUGACUACUGCACCUUUCUAAUGAGCACAACUCACCCAAGGACUGACAGAAGCAGACUGAUAUGGCAUUUAACAACCAAAUUUGUAAGGAAACACAGAAGACAGUGGUGCUUUGGUCACAGCAGAGGAGUGACACUCACACUCAGCUGCUCGAAGGUGUUCAGUGAUCCCCUUAAACAUGCGCCAAGGCCUGGAGUACCCGCAGAUAAAUCCAAGCUCAACUGGAUAAACUGUACCGUACUGGCAAGCGAGGAGGCUUGCCUGUUUUCGACAAAAGACAAAGAAGCUCAUCUUUCUAGAUAUAAAAUGUUUAUUACACUGCUGUGUCAGUUUGUGUUCAGUAGCAGUUAGACACAGUCAUGGUUUAUCUAUUUGGUGAUUUAUUUGUGUGAAGUAGUGAGAGAAAUAUAAGAGUGGUUGACAUUCAGAACGUGUAACAGCUUAGGUUGAUGCUGAGCAUCUUGCUUAGAGUAGAACGUUUUUUUGUUCCGUCUGAAACCAGACACGAAACGUUUCUGCAGCCAUGAUGAAAAUAUGUAAUGUUUUGAAAUACAUUAGGUCUCCUUCCUGCAAAACAAGUGGGCUCCUACUAUUGGAACCUGUCUGACAAAGACAUGAUGCCACGCAGUUAUGUAAGGUUUUACAUUAGGGUCAUCAAGGUUUCUCUGUGGUUUCCAGUGACAGUGAGGAAAAAGGAAUCCUAAGUCUGAAUAAGUCAUUUCAACUAAAACAUUAAUAAGGAUCGGGGAAGCCUUUCGAAAAAGCAAAGAGUGUUAUGCUAAGUUAAACAUGACCUCAACCAUUGGCUAUGAUUCUAAACGCCCAUUUGAGAUGAUACAAUAUAAAGUUAGUCUGUGACAGUUGAGUCUGCAAAUCAUCCAAAGACUUGUUUGCCCUUCGUCAUCACAGGAGCUGCCUGAGAAACAGCCUCAUCAGCAAUAUGAUGCAAAUGAUUACACAUUAUGCUCCUUCAUAAGCUGCACUCUAUAUCCCACAUUGGUAAUAGACAAUUACAAGCGAUUAGCCAUAACAGAAAAUGUAAAGAACACAUCAUCAGAAAAUCUCCUCCACUGUCAGCAAUAAUGUACAGUAGCUUAACCAGGAGAAUGAAAUGAGCUGCCAGCCAAACGAGCCCUGGGUAUUCAGUGAGGUGUAACGCAGAGGCUUCAGCUGGUUUACGUUCAAGAUGAAGGUUAAGUCAGAGAAACAGUCGUACAGUGUUACUGGAUAAUGAACUCGUAUUGAAAACGCUGUCCUACCGUCUCUGUGUCGGACUCAUGAAAGGAAAAUGAAAACAAUGUUCACAUCCUUUAAAGAUAAGCUUCUACUUAACGCUGCCGUGGUUACUUAAUAUCAGCCAAUUAUUUUCUCAGUUAAUCAAUGAACAAUUAGCUUCAUAAAAUGUCAAAUAAUAGUAAAAAAAAAUCCUGUUAUGAUUUCUGAUCAAUAUAAAACUAAAUUAUUUUAAAAUCCUUAUUGGAUACACUUUGGAACUAGCAAAUGAAAAGUUGUUCAAAACAUUUAACUGAUUAUCUAAAUAUCGUAAAAUCUUUGAUUAAUUACUGAUUAAUAUGCCAAUUAUUUUCUCAGUUAAUCAAAUAAUUAUUUAAUCUAUAAAAUGUUAAAAAAUAAUUAAACUUCCCGGCAUGUGAGUUCAGGUACUCAUGAAAAGCUUAGAAUCCCCCUAGACUAAUGAAAAUACACUAAAACAAUUAAUUGAUUGUCAAAUUAAAAUCCUUUGGAGUUGCAAGAGUUAAUUAAUGAUUAAUUAGUCAUUUAUUUUCUCAAUUAUCUAUGACUUCAGUAGGCUAUAUAGUGACAAAUGCCUGUAACAAUUCGACCUCCUCAAAUUAUCCCUUUGUAAAGUCCAAUAUCUAAAGAUAUUUAAUGAUCAUGUGAGACAAAGAAAAGGAGGAACUGGGACUAAAGAAUUGUUUGGCAUUUUGUGUCGUCCAUCAACAUUGUCCAUUCUGUCUAAGGAGAGCAAACAAAGCAGCUGCCAGACAGUGUGAAGAGCAGAUGGACCGAAGGUGGGACCAGUACAAGAGAGAGGCCCAAUCUCACAUCUGUAACAGUAAUGCAGCAGCUGCCAAGCCUGUACGUGCACUGACUUCUCUGCUCCGUGCACAUAGUGCAAAAGUCCUCGUCUAAAGCUAACAGGAGAAAGUGUUAAUCCUGGCACUGCAGUGGGGGGGGGGUUCCUCUGAGCUGCUUCAAUGGGUCUUGCCUUCAUAUUUAUCCUCUGUCUGUUUCAUGAAGUGUAAGUGGACCCUAACAGAACUCCAGUUAAGUGGUGGGGGGCCUGCUGGGCGUCAUCCUCAGUUAUCAGCAAUAAUAUUUACAUUUGCUAUUUGCUGAGUAUGAGCAAGUUUAUUCCCAUUUCAGUGGCAUCACGCCAUAUCACUUUCGGGGGCACAGAGGCAGAAUGAGUCCGAGUGAAAUAAUUGGCCCAGGGAUCAGCAGCGGCUCUAAAUAUCACUUUUUUGCGGUAGCUGCCUUCGUAUUCCCAGAGUGUGAACAGCCACGCAAACAGGGAAGAGAAGUUUUAAGAGGUGCAGAAGCACUAAGGGGUUUUAAUUAGUCCCCAAUGCUGCAUUAAAUGGGAAAAAAACCUAAUGUGUAAGGGAAGGUGUCUGGUUUUCAGGGCGCUCUGCUAUGUUUCUAAUGUGUAAUAAGGCAAAGUAGGUCUGUUAUUAUCACCAAUAAAGUAAUAAUAAACACAUAGGAGAAAAUAAAAGCUUCAUUUUCUUUCUGACGAGCAGUAGCAGGGUCGAAAACGAUUCUCCUCCAGAAACAAAGGAGGAAUCUUUUUCGUUAUAGUUUCUUACGAUGUUACAACUGGGUUUUGUGAUGUUUUCUGUUUUGUUGAAAACAGUCUUGACUCUGGCCUGAUGUGAUGUAGUACUGUAAAUCGUUUCAGCUCAACCCUCUUUCCCCCAAAAAAUUAAUAAAAAAAAUAUAAAUAAUUAAAAUGAAGGGGAAAAGCGAGCACACGUCUCUCUCUCUCUCUCUCUCUCUCUCUCUCUCUCCAGGUUGUCAUGGUAACAGUUGCCUUACAGUUGAAUACCCACCCGUACACAAAGAAGCUUUGUAGUGGUUGAUACCUCACUUUUUGGGUGUGGUGGUGGUGAAGUGCACCACGUUCUGUCUAUGUAUUUACUACUAGAUAGAAUGUACCGUUUUCAGUUGGAUUGUUAUUGCACUUGUUGACUUUGUAUUGUCACGACAGGGAAGAAUAAAGUUUUAUC